GACAGACAUGUAAUCUUUAUAGGAAGUUCAUUAUAUUCUUGUUUUGGUGAACAUGAAUUUUAAAGGAUUUCGUUAUGUAUUUGUUAAAAAAAUUAUUUUAACAGGCAAUAGAACUUAUUCACAAUCAUCCCCAAAUAAAUAUGAGAAUCUUAAAGAUGUGUUAUCGCAAAAAAUUCCUCAGCACUUGAAAUUAGUUAAUGAUUUUAAAAAGCAACAUGGUCAGAAAAAAAUUGGUGACAUAACCAUAGAUAUGAUAUAUGGAGGAAUGCGAGGUAUAAAAGGUUUGGUUACUGAAACUUCAGAACUUGAUCCAGAUUCAGGUAUCAAAUUUAGAGGAUAUACUAUUCCUGAACUACGUACCAAAUUACCAAAAGUAAAACCAAAUGGACAUGAGCCAUUACCCGAAGGUCUCUUCUGGUUACUUAUGACUGGUGAAAUUCCCACUCAAAAUCAAGUUAAAUCCGUCUCAAGGGAAUGGGCUUUACGAGCUGAAAUCCCAUCGCAUGUUGUUACUAUGCUUAAUAAUUUCCCAGCCAAAAUGCAUCCAAUGUCUCAAUUUAGUGCCGCUAUUACAGCAUUAAACACUGAAAGUAAAUUUGUUGAGGCUUAUCAAACUGGCGUUUCUAAAUCAAAAUAUUGGGAGUAUGCAUACGAAGAUUCAAUGAAUUUGAUAGCUAAGCUACCAACAUUAGCAUCCAUUAUUUAUCGAAAUAUUUACAGAGAAGGUACAUCGCCUGGUGCUAUUGAUUUGGAAAAGGAUUGGAGUCAUAAUUUUACAUCUAUGCUAGGUUAUGAGGACAUAAGUUUCACUGAAUUGAUGAGAUUAUACCUCUGUAUUCAUGCUGAUCAUGAAGGAGGUAAUGUGAGUGCUCAUGCAUGUCAUUUAGUUGGAUCAGCUUUAUCAGAUCCAUAUCUUUCAUUCGCAGCAGCUAUGAAUGGGCUAGCAGGUCCUUUGCAUGGAUUGGCAAAUCAAGAAGUAUUAAUAUGGAUAACGAAAUUGCAAAAAGAAAUAGGGGCCAAGUCAACAAAAGAUGAUUUAGAAAAAUUUAUAUGGAAGACCUUGGAAAUGGGACAAGUAAUACCAGGUUACGGGCAUGCUGUAUUAAGAGCAACCGAUCCACGGUAUUUAUGUCAGCGGGAAUUUGCUAUGAAGCAUUUGCCAGAUGAUCCCUUAUUUAAAUUAGUCUCUCAGCUUUAUGAGAUAGCCCCAAAUAUAUUAUUGAAGCAUGGAAAGGCUAAGAAUCCUUGGCCAAAUGUUGAUGCGCACAGUGGAGUUUUGUUAUAUCAUUAUGGUUUAAAGGAAAUGAACUUUUACACAGUUUUAUUUGGAGUUUCACGUGCAUUGGGAGUCUUAGCCUCUUUAACAUGGGAUCGAGCUUUAGGAUUUCCACUAGAAAGGCCAAAGUCAUUGACAACUGAAGGUCUUAUUAAAUUAGUUGGAAUCAAGAAAUGAUUAUUUUAUUAAUAAUAUUAAUGUUUGAAAAUAUUAUACAAUAUCUAAUAAUUGCCAUAAAUCUUGAAAUUCAAGUUCGUUAUUUCUAAAAUUAAAGUUAUUUUUUUCUUUUGAUAUCUACAUAAAAAAUAUUUAAACUAUUAUAACCUUAUAUAUCU